GAGUAAAAUGAACUGAGCGCUACAUCCAAAUGUGAAGAGUCACCGGCUGGGAGCUGUGAGAGCUGUCGACAACAGAGUGCGCGUUCAUUUGAAACGUUCUGAAAUUGGAACCAGACGUUUACAUUAUCGUGUUGCGCAUGCGAAUCAAAGGACGUAAAAGAAACAUCAAAUAAAUAUUGUGUGUGAUAAAAAGCAAAGCUAAGUGCACUAUAAAAAAGCAAAAUUACAAAUUGUGGAAGCAAUGCAAGUGCAUUUAUCAUAAAAUUUACAAAAUUUUGUGCGUGGCCAGCAAUUUUUGGCUAGAAUUUGACUUCGCUAAGCAAUCGCACAAUCCUCCUCUUUGUGUGGGCCGACUUUGUGCAUUCUGCAUUAUUGAUUGUUUUUAUUGUUGUUGUAUUGCCACACACACACACACACACACACAUACAGAACGCGCUUAUCACCUGGCAACUUCAAAAAGUACAUGCAUACGCGUUUUCGGCUUGUAAAUUAUUUACGAUACAAUCAGCUUAAGAUAAAUACGCAGCAAAUAGAGAGUCCAUUAGCACUUUUACCCAAAAAAAUAAAAAAAAAAAACUUCGUUAUUUGUUGCUGAAGUACUUACAAAUAUUUGAGUCUUUGUUGUGCAUUACCUGUUGAUAAAAAUGCCCGCCAACGCCUGCAGCUGUAAAUAGGCAGUCAAGGGUCAUAAAGGAACUGUGUCGCCUCCCGCCACUGCCACUGCCACUACCAUUAGGUGGCUUAUCAGCUUGGACCUUGGGUCAAUAUUCGAAUAUGAGCAGUCUACGACCGAACAGCACAUGCGACACUACUCCUCUCCAGCGGUUCGAGAGUCAAAGCAGUAAUGGUGAGGAGCCAUCCUCACCAACCAGCAUUAUAGCUGCCGCCGUGGUUGCAGCUGCAACAAGUACAAUAACAACAACUAGAGCAAAUGCUACAAAUGCAAAUGCAACGGGAGCCAAUCACAUGCACCACAAUAACAACAAUAACAAUGUUAAGGUUGAUUUACAACUGCCACCGUUUGAAAACAAUGGCGGACUCAGAAUUGGAGCAGUGGUCAUGGCGAAUAAGCCACGAGUUCGGGGCACUGCUCACAUCUUUAGACGCAUUCUCUUGGAUCUGGCCAUGCUGAGCUGUGUUGGUCUGCCCAUGCUCGGAUUCUCGCUGUGGGGUGAGCCCUAUAAGCGAGGCUUCUUCUGCAGCGACGUGUCGCUGAAGCAUCCCUACAAGGACUCUACCAUACGCAGCUGGAUGCUGUACUUAGUGUGUGCUGGACUGCCCAUUUCCACGAUCGUGCUGGUGGAGUUCUAUAGAGCGCAGGAUCGGAAACCGCCGCGCUAUGCGCACUACCAGCAGGGCAGUCAAGGAAGCGGCUAUUACCUGUGCCAUCUCGAGUUGCCUAUCUGGCUGAUCGAAUGCUACCGAAAGGUUGGCAUCUUCGUCUUCGGCCUGGGCGUGGAGCAAUUGACAACGGAAAUAGCCAAGUACGUUAUUGGGCGGCUGCGACCACACUUCUUUGCUCUUUGCCAGCCCAUGCUCCAUGACAACAGCAAUUGCAGCGAUCCGAUCAAUGCGCAACGCUAUAUCGAGGACUUUAGCUGUACAGGGCCCGAUGCGAGCGCCAAACUGGUCAAAGAGGUGCGACUAUCGUUCCCCAGUGGCCACUCGAGCUUCACUUGCUACGCCAUGCUCUAUUUGGUGAUCUAUCUGCAGCGUCGCAUGCAUUGGAAACGCAUCAAAAUGCUGCGCCACAUGCUGCAGACUCUACUCCUGAUGUUCGCCUGGUACACGGCUCUGACGCGUGUCUCCGACUACAAGCACCACUGGUCCGAUGUGCUCGCGGGCGCUGGUAUUGGCAUGGCCUACGCCAUUGUGGUGACUUGUACUUUGUGGUAACACAUUUUGGUUUAAUAUUGCAACGUUCUAGAAAUAAGCUUAGUUACUAUAUUGGUUUUAAAUAUGUAGUGUGGUUGAGUUUUAAGCUUGGUUUAGCUUGUCAUCUUUUUAAAUUACAAUACAAGUAUAUGUGUAUGUGUGCUUUCAUCAUUUUACAUUUUACGUAAUAAAAGUAUUUAACGUUUACAACAAA